CCCUUCAAUCCUCUUGUACAUUAACUCAAUUAAGUAUAACUAACCUUAAAAAAAAAUACAAAAAAUUUGUAUUUUCUGCAAACAGAAAGAGUCCUGGUGCUUCUGUUGAAAUUGCAUUAUCUUCUUUUGCAAAAUGGCUGACAAUAGCUUGGAGGAUAUUAAGAACGAGAAUGUUGAUCUUGAGCGUAUUCCGGUGGACGAAGUGUUUGAACAGUUGAAAUGCACCAAGGAAGGGCUGUCCAGCGAGGAAGGACAAAAGAGGCUCCUUAUUUUUGGACCAAACAAACUAGAAGAGAAGGAGGAAAGCAAGAUUCUGAAAUUCUUGGGAUUUAUGUGGAAUCCUCUCUCAUGGGUCAUGGAGUGCGCAGCAAUUAUGGCUAUUGUUUUGGCAAAUGGAGGCGGGAAGCCACCGGAUUGGCAGGACUUUGUCGGUAUUGUGGUGUUGCUCAUCAUUAACUCCACUAUAAGCUUUAUUGAGGAGAACAACGCCGGUAAUGCUGCGGCUGCUCUUAUGGCCGGUCUCGCUCCUAAGACCAAGGUCCUUAGAGAUGGAAAGUGGACGGAGCAGGAGGCUGCAAUUUUGGUGCCUGGAGAUGUCAUCAGCAUCAAAUUGGGAGAUAUCAUACCGGCUGAUGCCCGUCUCCUCGAGGGUGACCCGCUCAAGAUUGAUCAAUCAGCACUUACCGGUGAGUCUCUACCGGUUACGAAGAAUUCCGGCGAUGAGAUUUUCUCUGGGUCUACUGUUAAGCAAGGGGAGAUUGAAGCUGUUGUUAUAGCUACUGGAGUGCACACCUUCUUUGGCAAGGCAGCCCACCUCGUGGAUAGCACCAACAAUGAAGGCCACUUCCAGAAGGUGUUAACGGCGAUAGGAAAUUUCUGUAUCUGCUCCAUUGCAAUUGGGAUGGCUAUUGAGAUUGUUGUGAUGUACCCAAUUCAGCACCGGAGGUACAGGGAUGGAAUUGACAAUCUAUUGGUACUUCUGAUUGGAGGGAUUCCAAUUGCCAUGCCAACAGUGUUGUCCGUGACAAUGGCUAUUGGGUCUCACCGCCUUUCGCAACAAGGUGCCAUCACCAAGAGGAUGACAGCCAUUGAGGAGCUUGCUGGAAUGGAUGUACUCUGCAGUGACAAGACUGGGACUCUUACCCUCAACAAGCUUACCGUGGAUAAGACCAUGAUUGAGGUGUUCCUCAAGGAUGUUGAUUCAGACAUGUUGAUGCAACUUGCGGCUAGGGCCUCCAGAGUCGAGAACCAGGAUGCUAUUGAUGCUUGUAUUGUUGGAAUGUUGGCUGACCCAAAAGAGGCUAGAGCAGGAAUCAACGAGGUGCAUUUCUUACCUUUUAACCCUGUGGACAAACGUACAGCCAUCACCUACAUUGACUCUGAUGAAAACUGGCACCGGGUCAGCAAAGGUGCGCCCGAGCAGAUCAUUGAACUCUGCAACCUUAGAGGUGAUGUGAGGAAGAAGGCUCUUGCCAUUAUUGAUAAGUUUGCUGAUCGUGGACUUCGUUCUCUUGCUGUUUGUAGACAGACUGUAUCAGAGAAGACCAAGGAAAGUGCUGGAGACCCAUGGCAAUUCGUGGGUCUUUUGCCUCUUUUUGAUCCUCCAAGGCAUGACAGUGCUGAGACCAUCCGCCGUGCUCUCCAUCUUGGUGUCAAUGUCAAGAUGAUCACCGGUGACCAGCUCGCAAUUGGAAAGGAAACUGGUCGCAGGCUUGGCAUGGGAACUAACAUGUAUCCUUCAUCUGCCCUCCUUGGCAAGGACAAGAUUGACGGCGUUGAUACUCUUGACGUUGAUGAGCUUAUUGAGAAAGCCGAUGGCUUUGCAGGAGUUUUCCCUGAGCAUAAAUAUGAGAUUGUGAAAAGGUUACAAGAAAGGAAGCAUAUUUGUGGGAUGACUGGAGAUGGUGUCAAUGAUGCACCGGCCCUUAAGAAAGCAGAUAUUGGAAUUGCAGUAGCUGAUGCAACUGAUGCAGCUCGAGGUGCAUCUGACAUAGUCCUGACUGAGCCUGGAUUAAGUGUGAUUAUUAGUGCUGUUUUAACAAGCAGGGCAAUUUUUCAAAGAAUGAAGAACUAUACCAUCUAUGCUGUCUCUAUAACAAUCCGAAUUGUGCUGGGCUUCAUGCUUCUUGCCCUUAUCUGGAAGUUCAAUUUCUCACCUUUCAUGGUUCUCAUCAUUGCCGUCCUCAACGAUGGAACGAUCAUGACAAUUUCCAAAGACAGGGUUAAACCGUCUCCUCUCCCAGACUCAUGGAAGCUAAAGGAGAUCUUUGCCACCGGCAUUGUCCUUGGUGCCUACCUCGCAGUUAUGACUGUUGUUUUCUUCUGGGCUGCUCAAGAGUCCAACUUCUUCUCGGAUAAGUUCGGGGUAAGAUCCAUCAGGGACAAUACUGAGGAACUCACAGCUGCUGUCUACCUCCAAGUGAGUAUUGUAAGUCAGGCACUCAUCUUUGUUACUCGCUCUCGGAGCUGGUCUUUUGUUGAACGCCCUGGUUUACUUCUUGUGGCUGCCUUUUUCAUAGCUCAACUGAUUGCUACAUUAAUUUCUGUUUAUGCAAACUGGGACUUUGCAAGAGUCAGAGGCAUUGGUUGGGGUUGGGCUGGUGUUAUUUGGAUCUACAGCAUAAUCUUCUACAUCCCACUUGAUAUUAUCAAAUUCUUUAUCCGAUAUACUUUGACGGGAAAGGCUUGGCAUAAUCUGCUCCAGAACAAGACCGCCUUCACCACGAGGAAGGAUUAUGGAAAGGGGGAGAGAGAGGCACAAUGGGCACUGGCUCAACGCACCCUCCACGGCCUCCAACCUCCAGAGGCUGAAGAAAUCUUCAACGAUAAAACCAGCUACAGGGAGUUAUCUGAGAUAGCUGAACAAGCCAAGAGGCGUGCCGAGGUUGCAAGGUUAAGGGAACUCCACACACUAAAGGGGCAUGUGGAAUCAGUGGUGAAGCUCAAGGGACUUGACAUUGAGACCAUCCAGCAGCACUACACUGUUUGAGGCAGAGGCGGCGGAUGUUGGGAGGGAUGAGCACAGGAACCCUACUGUAAGAAAUGAUCAUUUUUCUUGUUUUUUCUUUUCAUCUUUUGUUGAUCUAUUCUUGUGACAGAAUGUUAGGCUUCAGAAUAAUCUGACCGAAGAGGUUGUCUUGGACAAUCAUGUUGGAAAGAAAAUAAAAAGGAUAUCAUUUGCAGUUGUAAUAAUUCUGUCGCAUUCUGUUCAAUGAAAUUUCCAUUUCUGG